GAUCGACUUCCCACUUAUCAAUGCCAGAUCCAGCCUCCAAAAAUGUCAUUAAUAAAAGGACAAGUUGAAUCACUGCCAAGCAUUGAUGCAGAGCCACUGCCGCCUAUAGAAGAAACUCGUGACCAGGCGACGGCAAAUGAGACGAUAGACGAUCAAUCAACCUUUACUGAAAUACCAAAAGAUCAGUCAAUGUCAAAUGAGGUUACCGGCGACCUGUCAACCUUAAUUGAAAUAGCAGAAGAUCAGUCAACGACAAGUGAGGUAAUCGGUGAUCGGUCAAUGUCGUGUGAAGUAAGGUCAACAUCAAUAGAGGUAACUAGGACUCAGAUAGCGCUUAAUGAUGUAACCAGAGAUCAGUCAACGUCAAAUGUGGUAACUGGCAACCGGUCCAUGUUAAAUGAUGUAACCGACGACCAAUCAGCACAAAAUGAGGUCACUGGAAACCAGUCAACCUCAAACGAUGAAACAGGCACCAAGUCAGUUUCUGAGCAUGUUCUUAAUUCACAUGCAUUAAGUAACAUUCCUUUGCAAACUGCGACGACAAAGCUUGAUCAGCCUACUUACUUAUCUGAUACACCACGUUUCUUCACGGAAGCUGCUUCAACUGGAACAGCAGGUAGUCCGUCACCACAGCAAGGCAGUGGCCCCAGUAUACUGGGCAGGCCAUUUGUUAACGAGAGGACUCUUCCAAAAAGCAUUGCAGACAUACGUUCUCCCGAUUCAAACUGGCGAUACAAUAUUUUUCUCAACUCACUAGCUGAGGCGAUGACUUCUGAAGACUUCCGCAAGCUGAAAUUCAUUUUUAAAGAUGCUGUAGGAAAGAAAGCAAUGGAAAAAGCGGAUGACCCAAGAGAUCUGUUUAAAUUAUUGGAACAGAGGGUAUUUCUAUCAAAAGACAACCUGCUUUUUCUACAGAGAGCUCUCUAUGAACUCGGUCGAAAAGAUCUCAUCAAAGACGUUGUUGAAUUUGCAAGAUCUAUUCCAAACACAUUGGUGUGCUACCCUGCUUCCAACGCACCAGUAAACGGAUACAGGUUUGUGAAAUGGCACUUAGAAGGAAAGGAUUUUCAGAGCUGCACCAGAGGCGACAUUCAAGCUACCCGUAUGCAUAUUGCGGAGAUUCUAUGUAUACCACCGGAAUUUGUCCUCAUCGCCGGUAUUGAACCAUCUUCAAGCCUUCUACUUACUUUAAUGAUACCAGAUGAUCAUGUUGAAGUCCUUGUAGAAAUGUUAAGAAAGAAGGAAACAUUCCCAGCAUUUGCACUGCAUAGAAUAGAUAAAAUCGAAGUAAAUGGAGAGGUGUUUGCUGUCACAGGAAAACCAUACCCGAUACAAAGUGAUCAUCAAGAGCAACUUCUGAAUGUUUACCAACAAUUGCAAGACACAGAAAGGCACAUGCAGUCCACUGAGUUGAGAUGUCUUGAAAUGGACAAAACCAUCAAUAAGUUAAAACUAGAUUUACAAGCGGCUGAUACUAUUAUUUGCAGCCUAAAGCCGAAAACACCAGUUGACAAUAUGGAACAAGAAUACGAGAGAUGUCUCGAAUUAUAUAGAUCGCAGCUAGAGAAGUUGAAAAAAGACAAAAUUGAGCCUGGUCAUGUUUUAAGAUUGCUCGUUUUUCAUUGCGAUCUAAUGAAUAUUUAUAAUAAGUGGAAUAACAUAGAAAAUGAACGAGAACUAAGAGCUCAAAUAUUUACAGCACAAAGGGUCGUAUAUGCCAACCAACUCAGAACCGCAAGUUUAGAAGGUUUGUUGGCGUUAACGCCAUCUGGUAAAGCGCUUCUAGAAGGGUUUGAAAACAUAUCUAUGCAGCAACCGCUCGGAGUGCCGAUUCUAGAAUUCGUUUUGACUGAGCCGGCAGUAAAACUAUUGCAAAUAAUCAGCAGCAAGCUUCAUGAGGGCGACAUCGACAAACUCAAGCAGGCAUAUACUCUUGAAAACGAUGACGUAUGGAACAACAAUUUUAAGGCAGACACGAAAAGGAUACUUGAAGCAGUAUUCUACAAAACGGCUCGUUCUCGUCCAGGUCCUAUAAAAUUCGAAACGUUCGUCGAGGCUGUGCUAUCGACAUCGGGAAGGAAUGAUUUAACAAAAACAUUUUAUGAAGAGCUUCAUCGGGUCCAUGAAGAAUUAUUUAAAACUGCAAGGGAUUCGGCCAGAAUUAACACACUUGAUUCAAAUACCGAAAUGAUGCCAACAAUUAAACGUAUGUCGGAGCAAAUCGACUUCAUGUACCACAAGAUGGAAAGUGUGUCCAGAUUGCCUUCAGCUAAAGUGUCUGAAAUGUCUGCAGCUGAUCCCUUUUUGUUUGGUCUCUUCAACAUUCCACAAAUGCAACAGCAACAACAACGAUUUAGCAGACCCGGAGAGUCAAAACAAUGAACUAAAUAACCGAAAAUAGAAAAUUUCAAGUCCUUAUAGCCUUGACUUUCAUCAUUUUCUAAAUGGUAAAACUUGAUUAUGUACAUCUUGUUUGAAAAUGUAUUUUAUGGAUGGGACUGAAUAAUUGAAUUUUAGCAAUUAAUAUAUUUAAAAGAAAUCUUUUUUCGAGUAAAUUUUAACUCUUAACAUCUAUCAUAUAUUUUUCGUUUUGUUUACUUUAAACUACCUUUGCAUAUCUAAUAAAAAACGAAAACAUUGUUACAGCGUCAACCGGUUUGCAGUUUGCGGAAUGAAUCUUGACUUGUUAUGAAAUACAAUAUAUAUUCCAAAGAACUAAACCCAAAUAAUCUAAUAAAUAUUUAAAAAAAACUCCUGACAGCUAACUUAUUUAGGUAUCUAAUGGAAGGUUCUAUAUUAAGUUAUAUAUUUAGUAUACAUACAUGUUAUUAUAUCGAGGUAACUUAUCAAAUACUUCUCAUCCGUGACACCUCAUGUGUUGCACCAUCAAUUCUCAAUCCUAACGUUUAACAGUUGUUAAAAUGGCCUUAUUAUGAUUUUUCACCAUAUUGCAUUUGAUCAUACUUUUCACUCAACAAAAUAAUAUUAUAAAAAAGAAGUUUAGUAAUAAUAACUAUGUCCAUUACAUGACAAAUGCAUGCCUAGCAUUUGCGUUAAAGAACAUGUAAUUGCAUUGCAAAUCAAAGCUGCCUCAAAAAUUCAACCGAUGUUGGAAAUUUACUUAUAGUGUCCAUGUACCUCAUUGUGUUUUGACUUAAAAACGAAAGGCAUUCAAACGGGUUGCAACAUGUUACUAAAAAUAUGCAAAGUUAACUUACUUAUGUAACCGGUUAAUUUAACGGAUGACGGAAACACUUUACAAUAUUUAAGUAUGCUUUCAUACAUGUCCUGUAGCACAUACAUAUAAUCUCUUUUAAAUGAAAUUUUAUUUGCUAUUUUAUAUGAUCGCUCACGUUGGUUACCAACCAACGAACAUAUAAUGUUCGUGAAAAACAUGUACUUUUUUAACAUAUUGAAAUAAAUAUCUUUAAAAAUGUAUGAUAAACUUAAGUAUUUAAUUAUCUACUCUAAAAGCAUUUAGAUAAGAAAUAAAUAAUGUCCUUUAUUAAGUAUAUUUUUGUUUUGGCCGCUUAUGUAUGCGGCGUCUCGCUUAAAGUAAAAUUUGUAAUUAUUGUGUUACUUUGUUUUUCCCGUUUUUUAUAUUCUUGCGUUUGAUGUUUAAUUGCUGCAAGAAAGUAAUUGUUUUUGUCCAUUUUAAUUGUAACUUAAAGUGUUGUAUUGUAAAUAAAUGAGUGAAUUUA